CCCCAGCAGGAGCAGGAGGAGGAGCAGGAGCGUGUCGGGGAUGGCGGCGGGUUACCCGGGGCUGGAGCGGCCCCUGUGCGGGGAGCUGAAGCGGCUGUGGUCCGGCCUGCGGCGGGCCUACCGGGAACUUAAGGAGGACCUGGCCCCCUGCGCGGACCAACGCUACUACAGGUUGGCCCCCAUGCGAUUGUACACACUGUCUAAGCGCCACUUCGUCCUCGUCUUUGUCGUCUUCUUCCUCUGUUUUGGCCUGACGGUCUUCAUCGGAAUUGCAGGUCCUAAAGCAAUCCAGUGUGUUGGGGUGGAAUCUCCGUCCAAUAGCAGCUUGAAGAUACAACCAUUUCACUUACGAUCACAAUCCCUAUCUACCUACAAUCAGCAACUGUGGUUGACUUGUGUUGUUCAGCUUGAUCUAUCGGAUGAAACCAUUAUCCGAACAAACUUUCUCAUGACGGUCAAAGUAGACGGCGUGAUGCAAGACGGGAGCAGGACAUUUGUCAAUAACAAAGUUCAUAAUCGGACAAGGACCUUUAAUUGUGCAGGGAAAUGUGCUGAAAUUAUUGUGGUUCAUCUUGGCUACUUGAAUUAUACUCAGUAUGCUGUUACGGUCGGCUUUGAGGACCUGAAAUCUUUGAAGAUGCCCAUCAAGGAUGUGACCUUCACGUGGAAGACUUACAACCCAGCGUUUUCCCAGGUGGAAAUUUGGUUUCGAUUCGUCUUUGUGGUGUUUACCUUCAUGGUCACUUGCCUGUUUGCACAUUCCCUCCGAAAAUUCUCCAUGCGAGACUGGGGGAUUGAACAGAAGUGGAUGUCGAUUCUGCUUCCCCUGCUGCUGCUCUAUAACGAUCCAUUUUUCCCACUCUCCUUCCUGGUGAACAGUUGGUUUCCUGGAAUGCUAGAUGACCUAUUUCAGUCAGUAUUCCUGUGUGCACUGCUGCUCUUCUGGCUUUGUGUGUACCACGGAAUACGAGUUCAGGGAGAAAGAAAAUGUUUAACUUUCUAUUUUCCCAAAUUCUUUAUCGUUGGGCUCCUGUGGUUGGCUUCUGUGACCCUAGGCAUUUGGCAAACAGUUAAUGAGUUACAUGAUCCAACAUACCAGUACAGGGUUGACACAGGCAAUUUUCAGGGAAUGAAGGUUUUCUUUCUGGUGGUGGGAGCAGUGUAUAUUUUAUAUCUUUUGUUCUUGAUAGUGCGAGCAUGUUCAGAACUUCGCCAUAUGCCUUAUAUCGAUCUCAGGUUAAAAUUCCUAACUGCAUUGACCUUCGUGGUGCUCAUCAUCAGCAUUGCUAUACUUUAUUUAAGGUUUGGAGCACAAGUCUUGCAAGACAACUUUGUUGCUGAACUGUCGACUCAUUACCAGAAUUCAGCGGAAUUCUUGUCUUUCUAUGGAUUGCUGAACUUUUACCUCUACACUUUGGCCUUUGUGUAUUCCCCUUCCAAAAAUGCUCUGUAUGAAUCACAGUUGAAAGAUAAUCCUGCUUUUUCCAUGCUGAAUGAUUCUGACGACGAUGUCAUUUAUGGGAGUGACUACGAAGAAAUGCCCCUGCAGAAUGGCCAGGCCAUUAGAGCAAAGUACAAGGAAGAGACCGACAGCGACUGACCCGGCCGAGGAGGUUCGUUUGGCAGGAAUGAAAAGGGACCUGGAAAUUUGUCCUUCAUGCACCUCUUCCUGGCCACCUCACUUGUCUCCUUAAAACUGAACUUUUACUCUC